CGGCGCCCGCGAGCAGCAGCAGCAGCCGAGCGCCGGUCGAGGAGGAGGAGGCGGCUGCAGCCACUGCCGCCAUCCCCGCGACGGGGGCGCGCCAUGCGGUGGCGACGGAGGCGUAGUUAGCGGCGGCAGCGGCCGGCGGGGCAGCAGCAGGUGGGUCGGCGCGGCGAGGCAUGGCCCAGGCCGCCUUGCUGGGGCUCCUGCUGCUGCAGCUGGGGGCGGCCGGGCGGGCGCUGGAGCUGCUGGGCAUCGGCCUGGGCGCCGCCGGCGCGUACGAAGCGGGCGGCAGCGGGCGCUGCCAGCCCAUCGCCAUCCCCAUGUGCCAGGGCAUCGGCUACAACCUGACCCGCAUGCCCAACCUGCUGGGCCACGAGCACCAGCGCGAGGCGGCGCUGAAGCUGCACGAGUUCGCGCCGCUGGUGGCCUACGGCUGCCACGGGCACCUGCGCUUCUUCCUCUGCUCGCUCUACGCGCCCAUGUGCACCGAGCAGGUCUCCAGCAGCAUCCCCGCCUGCCGGCCCAUGUGCGAGGCGGCCCGCCAGCGCUGCGCCCCCAUCAUGGAGCACUUCCACUUCGGCUGGCCCGAGGCCCUCGACUGCGCCCGCCUGCCCACCCACAACGACCCCCACGCCCUCUGCAUGGAGGCCCCCGAGAACGCCACCACCGCCGAGCCCCGCCGCGGACAGGGCAUGCUGCCUGUGGCCCCGCGGCCCCCCGGCGCAGCCCCGGCCCCCGGGACGCACGUCCAACCGGGCACUGCCGCCGCCACCUGUGAGAACACUCAGAAGUUCCAGUACGUGGCCAAGAGCCUCUCCUGCGUGCCCCGCUGCUCACCCGGUGUGGAUGUCUACUGGUCCCAGCGGGACAAGGACUUUGCCUUCAUCUGGAUGGCCGUGUGGGCCACCCUCUGCUUCGUCUCCACCUCCUUCACCGUCCUCACCUUCCUGCUGGAGCCCCACCGCUUCCAGUACCCGGAGCGGCCCAUCAUCUUCCUCUCCAUGUGCUACAACAUCUACUCAGUGGCCUUCAUCAUCCGCUCAGUGGCCGGGGUGGAGAACAUCGCCUGUGACCGGGAGAACGGGGAGCUCUACGUCAUCCAGGAGGGCCUGGAGAGCACCGGCUGCACCAUCGUCUUCCUCGUCCUCUACUACUUCGGCAUGGCUAGCUCCCUCUGGUGGGUCAUCCUGACCCUGACCUGGUUCCUGGCCGCUGGCAAGAAGUGGGGCCAUGAAGCCAUCGAGGCCCACAGCAGCUACUUCCACAUGGCCGCCUGGGGUGUGCCCGCCAUGAAGACCAUCAUCAUCCUCACCAUGCGGAAGGUGGCUGGGGACGAGCUCACGGGGCUGUGCUACGUGGGCAGCAUGGACGUCAACGCCCUGACGGGCUUCGUCCUCGUCCCGCUCUCCUGCUACCUGGUCAUCGGCACCUCCUUCAUCCUGACCGGCUUCGUGGCCCUCUUCCACAUCCGCAAGAUCAUGAAGACGGGCGGCACCAACACGGAGAAGCUGGAGAAGCUCAUGGUCAAGAUCGGGGUCUUCUCCAUCCUCUAUACCGUCCCGGCCACCUGUGUCAUCGUCUGCUACUUCUACGAGCGCCUGAACAUGGAUUACUGGCACCUCCGGGCCCUGGAACACGGGUGCACAGCCUUCCCCGGCCGGCGCGGCAUGGAUUGCUCCUUGGAGGCCUCCGUGCCUACCGUUGCGGUGUUCAUGCUCAAGAUCUUCAUGUCCCUGGUGGUGGGCAUCACCAGCGGGGUCUGGGUGUGGAGCUCCAAGACUCUCCAGACCUGGCAAAGCCUGUGCAAUAGGAAACUGGGGGUGAGGACUAGGGGGAAACCCUGCAGCGGGGUGAGCUGUACUGGGUCCCACUGCCAUUACAAGGCCCCUGCGGUGAUGCUGCACAUGACCAAAACGGACCCUUAUCUGGACAACCCAACGCACGUCUGAAACGGGACCUCUCUUGCAGGCUAAAGAAUGCUGCCUUGACUUCGCAGACCUGUGGGUAACCGCUGGUCUGGCGAGGAGUUGCCGUGGAGGUUGGGUGGGAGGCAGGAGAAAGAUUUCAGGAGUGAGUGAGAGAAGAACGUUUUACUCUGCCUGUGCCUAGGGACCCCAAAGAGACCCCCUUUGGCGUGAUCUCUUCUCCCCUUUGUACAAUGUACCUAUUUUCCCUUGCAUUGCGGUUUGGGUCUCUCGGUUGCCAAAAUCCAGUUGCCUGUUUUUAAUGUCCUACUUUGGGAAGGGGGACAGGAGAGGAUUUGUCCCAAAUUUAUUUAAUUCUGUAAUUUAUUUUAGAUUUUUUUUUUUUAAAGGGAAAUCAUUCGCUGAAAGAAAUGGAAAAGUGGAGGGGAGGCGAGAGAGAACCAAUAAAUCCUGGCUGUGUUAUUUCAA